GAAAGACAUUGUAAAGCAUCACCAUGCUGUUGCUGUACCUUGGUAUCAUAUUUGCCAUAGCAGAAUGUGUACAUGCACAGAGUAUACCUCGCUGUUUUAUAUUAUUCGGUGUGGACACUUGCGAUGAAGGAUAUCGAUGCCACGAGGGACAAUGUAUACCUGAUAAUGGUCAGUCGAAUCCAUGCUUUUCGGAUCUAGAUUGUUCAAGAAAUGAGCGUUGUGAAAACAGAAGAUGUGUUACUCGAGGAAGAAUGUGCACAUCUGAUUUGGAAUGUUCAAUAAAUGAGCAGUGUAGAAACAGAAGGUGUAUUCCACGUAGACAAUUUUGCAGAUAUGAUUUUGAAUGUUCAAGAGGUGAACGAUGUGAAAGCGGAACAUGUGUUCGACGUGGAAAAUUGUGCAGAUACGAUUUUCAAUGUUUAAGUAAUGAGCGAUGUGAAAACAGAAGAUGUGUUUCACGGGAAGAAGUGUGCACAUUUGAUUUUGAAUGUCCUUAUGGCUAUUGCAAUAGAGGAAUAUGUGAGGGUAGAGAUCACUGUACAAAUGAUUUUGAAUGUCCAGGAAAUCAACGUUGUGAAAACGGAAAGUGUGUUUCACGGGGAGAACUUUGCACAGAUGAUUACGAUUGUCCAGGAAAUCAACGUUGUGAAAACGGAAGAUGUGUUUCACGUGGAGAAGUUUGCACAUUUGAUUUCCAGUGUUUACUUUUCCCAAAUGGACGCUGCCGUCGAGGAAGAUGUUUUUAUAAUACUACUUCAUCAGUGUGUCGAUCGCAUUAUGAAUGUCCUAAUGGCUGGUGCAAUGGAGGAAUAUGUGAGGAUAUAUUCCCCACCACUCCAACUCCAACAUUGUGUUACCCCAAUACUAAUAGACCUUGUCCACUAGGAUAUCGUUGUCGUAGAGGAAUAUGUGAAGAAGAUGUACCAACGCUACCAAACACAUGCCGAUCAAGCAGAGACUGUCAACGCUUCCAUCAAUGUCUUGGGGGACGCUGUGUUCCAAGGAUUGUAAUCGGCUAGAUACAAUGAUGGUCAUCUUAAAGGAAGAAAAACCAAAUACGAAAGAAACACAGACCAGAAAAUAAAUCAUUUAUUUAUCUUUUAAAACGGAC